AUGGGUCAGACUGCAACCAAAGAAUCUCCUGUCGAAUUUCUCCCGCCAGUUCAAACCCGCGAGGAACUCCAGGAGAGAUUCAAAUGGCGCCUAUCAAGACUCUUUAUGAGCGAUGCUAAGAAUGAAUGGUUUCAAACCAUUUUCCAUAUCUUCUGCACCGAGUCAGAAUCCGAGAAAUUCUGGACGGUGUCAGACCUGCAGGAAUUCAUGAUCAGUACCUUUCCUGCAGAGUUGGCAGUGCCUGUCGGUGAAGCUGCCCCAAUGCUACAUCGCUGCCUCCUGCGACUCGGAUCGUUUCCAUACCACAACGAUCCACACCAUACUAUGUCGCUCGAUGUCCUGCGCACAGGAAUUAUUAUUCUUCUAAGAUUAGAUGGUGGCAAGCUUCUUCAUCAAGAUGAUGACGAAGCGUCACUCAUCUACCCUGACCGUGUCAAUGCCGCACAACGCACCCUAUUGUUUCAGAGCAUGGCGAACCUGCAAGCAGCUCCUACCAAUACAUCUCGCAACGUCGAAGUGGACUUUCACCUCCAGAAAGCGCUAGAUCUGAUCACCUAUGGUAACUUUAGGCGCAAUGCACGGUUUCCGACCGCUGUGACCAAAGGGCCUGAGUAUCCUCCCGCUGAACAUUUUCCUUCGUCAAACUCAACAUUGACGAACGGAUUUAUCUCGUUUAAGGACUUUAGACCUUUGCUCCGCUUGAUGCUCCUGACGCAGUUGCACGUAGCCGGUAUCGAGCCGGAUGAAUUCCCCACCUGUUUGACAAAGGUCGAAACUGUGACAGACUGCCUGUUGGCCGGAUUUCAAGACCGAACUGCCACGGAUUCGACCGGUGUAUCGUUCGCUACUUUUGACCAAGUACUUGACAAGUCACUGCAAAAUCUUUUCGUGGGUCUGCCCCGAGUCUUGGGGCCUUUACAGUCGGUCAAACCCUUGCCGUUUGAGAAGCCCCCUUCAUCAGUCAGAGAUGCACAAAUGCUGCUGAGGGAACUGUUCACAUCUUCAAUCAAGACACAGACUCCUUCAGAGGGACUGAUGAUGAAUCUCCCCCUCUUGAGUCAGCUGUCAAUGACCUUGCCUGAGGACUUUCCCAUCGAGGCGCAAAAAAGUCUCUAUUCUUCUCGGGACGUAGAUCUUCGACAAAUAGGCACUUGCCUGUCCGUGACCAGCACAGCAAGAAUUACCCUUGUGUCGGGAAAGAGUGCGCUGGAACCCGUCAUUUUUGGCGCAUACUUUCCCAAAGGCUCUUCACUCAGCGGUCUUGCCAAAGCGAGCGUCAUUUGCCAACUUGCUCCAGUUCAUAGAGUCUUCCAUCACUCCGAGGCGAUGACACAGAUUAAACCAAAUGUCUCUAAAACCGACACACAGUUGGAAAUCUCGCUGAAGGAUGAUGUUCUGGGCGUCGUUACUCUGGCGUUGCAGUCGAACUCGACAGGCCUCUUUACAGCACAGAAAUUGACCGACAUCAGUCUGACAUUCGACGUUGAUGCUGUGGAAGUUUUCAAUUAUGAGGGAGAGUUUGUCCGUGUUGAUACUUUUGAGUAG